UGCAUCAUUAAAGUGUCAAACGUAUGUUUACAUAUUAAAGUGCAUUCACUUUUGAGUGACAGCGGCUCAGACUCGCAGCCAAUCAUCAAUUCCCGUCCACUGGUGGACGGGGAAUUCGAUUACACUGCCAAACCCAGCAGGCGGUAUUUCCCAGGCUUGCCCAAUUCUAGGAACCGCCUGCCAUGCAGGCUAGCUAGAAUUUGACACCCAAAUUUUGGGGUGUAAUAAAUUAAGACCACUUAAUUUCAAUGCCCGAAAUUGAUUUGUUCUUCAAAAUUUCCUACACUUGCUGCUCCAAGACAAGGUAAAUUUUAUAUUUUUUUAAUCCUCGAGAAAUAAGCUAUUGGAAAAUGUUUGAAUCAAGUUUAUACGAUCAGAAAUUUAGAAGUGAGGAGUCAAUUUGGUAGCCGCUUGACUAAAGUUUAAUUGUUUACAACAUAACAACAAGAUUACAUAUCUUAUAUGUAAGCUCAUCCAAUUUUUGUUGUAGAGACUUCGUUUAUCUUUCUAAAGAAAAUCUUCGUUUAUCUUUCGAAAGAAAAUCUUCUAAGAAUUUCAAAAAUAUAUAAUGUGUUUCGUGUUAAGAUAGAAAAUAAUUUUUAAAUGAAGAAAAGUGAAUGGCCUUUGCACGUCAGUCGAGACAUAUUAAAUAUUUAGUUUAGACUGUAAGCAUCAAAUUUCGUCGGAAAAUUUGGCGAAAACUUGCUCAAAUCUUUACAUACUUUCUACAAUCUGUAUCGCUAUUCAAUCAAGAGUUUAAAAAUGUUUGAAUGAAGUAUAUUGGUUGAGUAUUUUAAAAAUGAUCUAAAGUUUUGUACUGAGAAUUUCAAAAUAUUUUAAUACAUAUGAUCGCAUGCAUGGCAUAAUAUAGCGCAACAGUACUAAACUUUGGAUAAUUUUUAAAAUACUCAACCAAAAUACUUCAUUCAAACAUUUUUAAACUCCUGGUUGUAUAGCGAUACAGAUUAUACAAAGUGUGUAAAGGUUUGAGCAAGUUUUCACCAAAUUUCCCGACGAAAUUUGAUGCCUACAGUACAGUCUAAACUAAAUAUUUAAUGUCUCGACUGACGCGCAAAGCCAAAGGCCAUUCACUUUUCUUCAUUUAAAAAGGUAUUUUCUAUUUAAUACGAGACACAUUAUAUAUUUUUGAAAUCCUUAGAAGAUUUUCUUUCGAAAGAUAAGUAAACGAAGUCUCUACAACAACAAUUGGAUGACCUUACAUAAGAUCUAUAUAGGGACCUUAAAGGUGCUCUACAGUCCGUAUGUAAACAAAGCCUUUGCUUACAUUUUUGUGUCCAAAAUAUUGAGCUUUAUUCGACAACUAUUUAUAUUUUCAAGCUUCUAGAGUAUAAUAAAUGAUCAAGAAACAAUAAUCAGGCUUUUCAAGAACCCAAAACAUAGUUAAUUAAACUGUUUGUAUCAUAAAACGUGGGCUCCUUUGUGCACAUGCACAGAUCGGACUGUAGAUCACGUUCAAAUAAAAGCCUUAACAUGGACAAUAUGGUUUCUGGAAAGUUCCUAGCCUUGCUACUUUAAAUUAAAUAGAUGUUCUAUUGUCGUAUUGAAUAUUGCAUAAUUUUUAAUGUAAUUUGGGCGAAUUAUAGUAAUAAAAAAAUAUUGUAAAAAUUGACAGGUAUUUGUUGAGACAAAUAGACUGGUACAGUAUUAGUACUUUCAUGUAAACUUUAGAAAGAUUUAAACUUCCCCCCCUGCGGCCUUAAAUUCUUGACGAGGUCUUACUGUAUUUCCCUCAAAGAAUUCUAUAAUUCUGUGAAUUGUAAUUCCCUCAAAGAACCGAAAAGUCUUUUAAAGCUCUUUUCAUGGCUGAUAUGUAAACUUUACGUUUGACUGGUUAACGUUUUACAUUGUUUUAGACUACAGCAGUAUGGCUCAUCAAGAAUGGUCAACCAAAUUCAACGAACUAUUUUCUGAGCUGGAUGACCCGUGGAAUUUGGAAAUAGUGAGCAAUGUAGUGCAGGAAAGCGGAUGGCUACAAAUGCAAUACACUGGAAAGGCAACGUUUGAAUGUAGCACAGCCACAUGCAACAACAGAUGGACAUCCGUUAAUGCUGGAGCCAGAUUCUACUAUCGCCAAUCCGGUUUCAACACUGGACAACAUCGCAAAGUAAAGCUGUUUCUGGGAGGACAAAAAUGUUUGAAAUGCAACGGCGUAUUCGAAAAUGCUAUGUGGCAUAAUUUAUGCAUAGAGCGUGCGAUUACAAAACUGCUGAAUAAAGUAAAGCAAAAGUUCUAUGCUUUGAACGUUCCCACCAGUACAACAGGAAACGCAUAUGUCCAAGCAGAUAUGUCCGCCCCUCACCAAACAAGUCUUUGUGAAUUCUGUGCGCUGGGAAUAUGCCAGCAUGGUGAACAGAAUGAUAUUGACAGCUUCGCAAGUCAGUUCGAACACCUCGACCUCGACGACGUGUCGGAUGAUGACUACGAUGACGUGUCGGAUGAUGACUACGAUGACGUACCGGAUGAUGACUAUGACGUCUACUAAUUGAUAUUCAGCACUUCACUUUUUUGUACGUUCGUGCAUUGUUGACACAUAUAAUGUGAAUGACACGGUGUGAAUGCACCGACUCUAGUACAGGCACACAGACUCAGAAGUACAGUACAUAUACAGAGGUCUCACUUCAGGUUAAUUUAGUGUCGGGGGGUCAGAGGACUCGGACUGGCCUUCAAGUUUGGCUUCAAAUUUUCAGUUGGGGGUAGCAUUCCAGUUCUAUUCAUCUCAAAGAUUUUUUCAGUCUGCCAUGUUCUUAGCAAGUGUCCUUUAGAAAAUAUGAAAACAUAUUAAAAUUUUAAAAUUUAAUGUUCCAGGUGGGUAAAUGUCUCUCUUCACUAGCUUGCUAAGAACAUGCCCGCCAGGUAUUUCGGUAAAAACUACCAUAUGUUUUUCCCGUAGAAGCAAGACCUCUGUAUGUGGUACUCUGUGAAAGGGGCGUCGCUAGCCCUAUUUAAAUGAGGGGGGGGGGGGAGGAUGUAAGUUAAUUUUUGACGUUGGUGUCACCACCUCAUCCCCCCCUCUAGCGACGGACCUGUGGCUAUAAAUAAUACUACAUCUAUGAACUCAAAACUAGAAUUCCUUAGAGGUUCUUACUUAUGUUACAGCAGAAUAUUUUCGGGGUAAGAAGCAUGAUAUUGCAGAAUAUUAUAUACGGCGAAAAAUAAAUAAUUAUAGCUUUGGAGUUUGAGGUACCCAGCUCAACCUUAUAGUCAGUAAGUCAACUUUAGUCACGCAGAGUAUAUUAAAUGCAGAGCUCGCGUGGAUACAGAAUGGAAGCAGAAUAAGCAAGGAAGUUCAAAGCUGAAACCCAAACGACAGAACAAGACAGACGCCAUCGAAGAAAACGAAAGAGGAACUGAACAUUAUAAAAAUACUAUCUUAAUUUAGUCUUACUAUUAUAAAGUUUCAGUACCCAAAAUUUUUGUGCACAAAUAACAGUACUUUCUUCUAUAUAUGACAACUUAAUCAAAUUUAUGUGACCUUUUUAUAUACAGUCACUUCUAUAACACGGACAUUUUGGAAGUUCCGCUGCUUAAAAAAGAAAAUUCCACACGCGCUAACAAGCUGAACGUAUUUGCAUAAAAAUUAAAAUCUCUCCCACCGAGCUUUAGAACUUGC